CAGCCUACAAGCCUGUGUCAGCGACAUUGCCCAGUUGUGCCACGAAGGUGGGUUGCUGGCGACAUCACCUCCGUAUUCUUAUCUUGAGUAUACGGAGGUGAUGCCGCCAGCAUCCACAGACCCGACGGCGCGACAACUGAUCACUUCUAAAGCGCAACGGGCACCGACCAAGUGA